GUUGUGCCGGGCCUCCGGACGCCAGCGCCUGGCUUGGCCGCGCCCGCAGACGCUCAGACCGCGCGCCCUGAUCUACGGUAUCUGGAACUCUCAGAACUGAAUUCGGACAAGACCCUCUACCCCCCAACCAUGGCCGCUAAAAGCCCUCUGCAGAGCCUCCAGGAGGAGGCUACCUGCUCUGUCUGCUUGGACUUCUUCAUCGAACCCAUCAUGCUGCUGCCCUGCAGCCACAACUUUUGUCGCCGCUGCCUCGACUACUGCCCUGCCGAUGCCACCACCGGGACCAGGUCUUGUCCCCAGUGCCGUUCGCCCUUCCCCCCCGACAGUUUCCGCCCCAACUGCCACUUGGCCAACGUGGUGGAAGCCAUCAAGAAGCUGAUAGCGCUGGAGGAGCGCAGCCGCACACCCCGCGGGAGGCUUUCUGGCCGGGAUGGGACCGUCCCCAGUGCCAGCCGUGCCGAAGGCCGAAGCCGCUCCCUGGUGCCCCUGGAAGAGGCUGUGUCUGAGUGUGAGCCGCCACGCCACUACCACGCUCAGCACCGCCAGAAAGGGAACCAGAUCCAAUCUGAACAGGGGUCACCCGGAAGAAUGCCGGACAGCAGCGACGCGGAGGAGGAAUUUUACGGAGGAGGAAAAUCUCUCCAAGCAAGACCCUUGUUUAAAACAGAAACCAUCAAAGGAAAGAAAGGCAAAGGUGCCACGACCUCACAAAGCCCGCUAGCCGCCUGGAGGAAACGCUGUGAGUUAAGGGAGACUUUCUCCCGUGCGCCACAUGAGUCAGUGACUGACUAUGUCUGCCGUGUGGUGGACAACAGGGCUCAGUUCGGAAGGAGUUCUCCCGCAGCAGGAGAUGCCAGACUGCCAGAUAUCGCAGACGCCCUGUAUGCCAGGUUUGCUUUCGAAUCGGCAAAUCUAAGGAAAGCUAUGACGGCAACGGCGAAUGAGCCUUUAGAGCAGGUAAAUGUUAGAUCAGCUAAUAUAAUCGUGUCUCUCUACGAAGCUUUUAAAGAUGUCGAGGGAGUUAACAAAGAAAGCUUUUUUGAUCUGGGUGUUGGCGUGUUCAGGUCUCAAGUUGAGGUUGAGGCUUGGAAGUCAGAGGUUAAAAAGCUGAACGCAGAGAAUGCCCGGCAAGAAGUACAAUUGCUGAAGGCGCAGCAAGAAAUUAAGUCGCUGCAGAGGGAGAGAGAGGCAAUGUUGAAAGACACUAUCAGGCAAAGCUUGAGUUUUCGCGCAGAGGCCGCUGUGGCUGAAGACAGGAUGAGAGUUGUGGAGGAAAAGUUAGAUAAAGUGCUUAGCCGAAUGUCGCGGUCCAGAAGCAGUUCGCGGGGAAGUACCCCGCAGAUGCAAUCGGCCGUUAGCUCCCGCGCGGACACACCGCAGCCGCGGUCGCGUAUCGGGUCUCGGACAGAAACUCCUCAGCCCUCGACCCGAACCCGGGAGUCAACCGGUUACUUGAGCUUGCCAGCUUUUACCCCGAUACAUCCUGAGAAGUCACAGCAGCCCGUGGUUCGUCAGAAAGAGCCGGGGGCUCAUUGGGGUUCGGCAUCUUCCUUUGCCACUGAAUCCCCAACCAGCGGCAGAGCUGCCCCUGUUGCCGCACAAGCCAUGCGGCUCGACACCGUGCCCUCGGGAGGUGCCCAGACAGCCUACCUCGCCAACGCUGGUCCAGCCAGCCGCCGCUUUGCCUUCGUCGCCACUGGCGCCGCUUCAACCGCAGGUGCCGGCAGUGCCGUUACUAGCAAUAACGGAGCCGAUAGCCCAGACACAGCCGCCAUCUUCCCAGCCAUCUCCACAACAACCGCCAUCUUCUCAACCGCCACGCCCCGAGCAGCCAGCGCUGAGCAGCAUGCCUGCGCGGCGCCACGCCGCGUCGCAGACUGCAGCUACGUCUGUUGA